GCACAUUAUAUUGAACUCUUCUCCCGCCUUUACAUUCACCCGGAACCAGUGUGAUACUACGUAUAUUCAUACAUAACGGGCGCUUGCCUCCCGGCUAAGAGCCAACAUGGGGGUGUCUGUAAUUCAAGAACAACACGACAUUUUCAUAAACACCGUUAAACGCAUCACCGCUGGCGAUUGGAAAAUUUUGGUUGUCGAUGCCGAUUCUAAGAAACUAAUUGACAAUGUCGCCAAAGAAGAUGACAUCCUCAAUCACAAUGUUGCGAAUAUCGAACGCAUCGAGGACCGGAGGGAGAUCAAUCAGACCAUGGACGCUAUAUAUAUUUUAUCACCCCGGCCGCACAUCGUAGACUGCCUCAUGGCCGAUCUUGAACGACGAAGAUACCGGAAGAGCUUCCUGGUUUGGACCACGGUACUCGACCCUCAGUUGAGGAGGCGGAUAGACGGCUUUGGACCAGCAAAGCAGCAAUUGGCGGGGUUUGAAACCCUCUCUAUCGACUUUUUCCCCCGCGAAUCGAACCUCGUCACUUUCAGGGAUCCAUGGAGCUUCCCAAUCCUAUACCACCCAGCUUGCAAUGGACUUAUAAGAAAGCACAUGCAAGACUUGGCUCAGAAGAUCACCAAUCUUUGCAUCACCCUUGGUGAGCACCCCAAGGUUCGUUACUACCGACCCAAAAACCCAAUACACGAGGCUAGUGUGCUAUCCUCGCAUCUCGCCCGGUUCGUCUCGGAGGAGUUGGACGAAUAUGCGCAAUUCAACCCUAGCUUCCCGCCGCAGAGUUCCCGGCCGCAAGGUGUCCUCAUAGUGACGGAUAGAUCGAUGGAUUUGAUGGCACCACUGCUCCACGAGUUUACAUAUCAAGCAAUGGCACACGACCUACUUCCGAUCCAGGACGGAAACAAGACGACAUUCCAUAUGACGGUAAACGAGGGAUCGCCUGAUGCUGAAGAGAAGGAUAUGGAGCUCACCGACAAAGACAAGGUAUGGGUAGACAAUCGGCAUAGGCACAUGAAGGAUACCAUCGAUAAGUUGAUGGGAGACUUCCAGAAGUUCCUCGAUGAGAACCCACAUUUUACCAAUGCAAACAGCGACACCACUAGCCUGAAUGCAAUCAAGGAUAUGAUGGCGGGCCUACCGCAGUUCCAAGAGAUGAAGGAAGCCUACUCGCUGCACCUCACCAUGGCGCAAGAGUGUAUGAAUAUCUUCCAACACCAUAAGCUGGCCGACAUGUCAUCCAUAGAACAAGACAUGGCGACUGGCCUCGACGAAGACAACAGAAAACCGAAGAAUGUGCUAGAUACAGUUGUCCGGCUGUUGGACGAUGAUGCUGUGGCCCAGUCGGACCGCCUCCGCCUCAUCAUCAUGUACCUCCUCUAUCGGGGGGGAGUCAUCCUCGAAGAUAUCAAGAGGCUCCUUGCCCAUGCGUCCUUGCCACCCCAGGAUGCCGAGAUUAUCGCCAGUCUAGAAUUGCUUGGUGGCCGCACAACUCAAGGCCUCAAGGAUCCUCGCAGGGAAAAUCCUCCCCUCUUCCCCGUCGAUACCAAGACUACUAUUUCCGAGGAUAGUUACAUGUCUCGAUUCAACCCCGCCGUUAAGCAUAUGUUGGAGCAUCUGUGUAGAGGAACUUUGGAUCAAACAUCGUUUCCCUACGUCAAGCCACCGCUCGACCCCAAUGAGGAUGCCCUCAUAGGGCAAGGCUCCCUUCGAGCAGCGAAACCUAGUUGGGCUGGGGCCGGUAGGCGCGUCGUAGAUAACCGACAGCGCAUCAUUGUCUUCAUGGCUGGCGGGGCGACCUUCUCGGAAUCGCGCGCAUGCUACGAAGUUAGUGCGUCGAUGAACCGAGACGUCUUCCUGGCGACUAGUCAUAUGCUCUCCCCACAGUUGUUCGUACGACAGGUGGGCGACUUGAGCGUGGACAAGAGACGUCUCGAUAUCCCUAUGGAGAGACCUCCCCCAACAGCGCCAGCGCACCUCUUCGAGCGGCCUACUCCACCUGCGACCGCCCCGCCGGCGCUGUCAGGUGGGCCACGCCCGCCACCGGGCGCACCUCAAGGGCUACCAGGACGGGUACCACCGCCGGGCGGCUUGCCCAGUGGGCCAAGAGUAGGUGGCGGCCAAUCUCACACCCCACCCGCGCAAGCGAUGAGCACCAUGUCGCUUCAUAGCUCCAAACCGUCCAAUGCAAGCGACAUAUCUACCGGAGGCAAGCCGCAUAAGCUGGAGAAGGAAAAGAAGAAACGCAAUAUUUUCGGGAUCAAGAAGAAGGACGACAUGCGCUAGAUAAUUUGGACGCGA